AUGGACGACGACGAGAUGGAGAGGCGCCACAGCAGCGCCGUGUAUCGCCGCCCGUCCACUAUGAGUGAGGCGAGCUUUCUGGGCGAUGUCGAAAUGGCUCAGGACGAGAUAUUCUCCGGUCCGAUGUCAGAGAGUGUACCAACCGCCUCGAGUUCUUUCUACCACCGGCGAUCACGGGCAGACUCCACCACCAGUUUCACGUACUACGAUGAAGAAGAUCAGGAGCUGGAUGAAGAGGAGUGGCCGGAAGAGGCGAUUCUGGAUGAGCAGGAGGAGCUAGAAAAUGGAGAGCUUAACGGAGAGAAUACAUUCAUUGAGCCAGAGAUGGACAACGAUUACGAUGACUCGACAGAGGCUGUCUCGGUGGAAUCGCCCAGGCCUAGGAAAGGAAUUCGUAAGCUUUCCGGAACAUCUAGGUCGUCCAGGGCCUCUCGCGACUCAAGACGCUCCACUGAAGCCCCGCUCCUGCGGCGACACUAUUCUGGAGACUCAGAUGUUAGUGGCUUCAGGACUGGUGGCAGAGUGAGCCAGAAGAUCUUCAUCUUAACAGAGGAUAUGACCAUCGUGGUUGCUGGGUUCAAGACUUCAGUCUUCGGCUUCGCGCUUUAUAUCUGUCUCUGUGUCUUGACAGGUGGGUUGGGCUACUUGAUUUUCAGAUGGCUACCCAAGUGGUACGUUCGGCUUGUUGGCAAGAGUACUCCACUGGGGAAGUGCGAUUGGGUCGUGAUAGAGAACCAGUGGGGUGAGAUGGAAGUGAAAGAUCUCAACAAACAAGAAUUCGGCCAGUCGCUGUCUUCUGUGUUUGGCUACACCAAGGGCAAGCUGCAGGACUACGACGAAUAUGAUGAUCCUAUUGUGGAAGAGCUCCGCAUUCUGGACUAUCGUUAUAUUCGGUUCUGCUAUCAUCCGCUUAAAGACAAAUUCAUACUGGGCAACACCUGGAAAGAUCCUGCAUGGACCGAUGUCACUGCGGUGAGAGCUGGCAUUGACGGCGACGAGCAGGAAAUGCGCGAGCGAAUUUUCGGCAAGAACGCUAUCGAUCUCGAGCAAAAGAGCAUUGGGCAACUUUUGGUCGACGAGGCGUUUCAUCCGUUUUAUGUCUUCCAGAUUGCGAGCCUCAUCCUGUGGUCGCUGGACGAGUACUACUACUACGCUGCCUGCAUCUUCAUCAUCUCGGUCGUCAGCAUUACGACAACCUUGAUCGAAACUAGACAGACAAUGAAACGACUUCGGGAUAUCGCUCGCUUUGAAUGCGAUAUUCGUGUUCAAAGGGGCGGGUUUUGGCGGUAUGUUGAAUCAUGGGAGCUCGUACCUGGAGACGUAUACGAGGUAACCGAUCCAAAUCUCGACCAAUUUCCAUGCGACAGCCUUCUCUUGUCUGGUGAUUGCAUCGUCAACGAGAGCAUGCUUACCGGUGAAUCCGUUCCGGUGUCGAAGACCCCAGCCACAGACGAGACUCUGGAAAUGCUGAAUCUGGGAGCUUCCACCAUCCACGCUGAUGUUGCAAGGCAUAUGCUGUUCAGCGGGACGAAGAUCAUCCGAGCCCGUAGGCCACAAGACGACAAGAGCGAUGAGGCUGCUGCACUGGCGCUGGUGGUUAGGACCGGGUUCAACACGACGAAGGGUGCGCUGGUGCGAUCCAUGCUGUUCCCAAAACCAUCUGGCUUCAAGUUCUACCGCGAUUCAUUCCGCUACAUCUCGGUUAUGGCCUGUAUCGCUGGCGUAGGUUUCAUUGCCUCGUUUGUGAACUUCAUUCGGCUCGGAUUGCAAUGGCAUCUCAUCGUCGUUCGCGCUCUAGACCUCAUCACCAUUGUUGUGCCGCCGGCGUUACCAGCAACGCUGACAAUUGGUACCAACUUUGCCCUGCAGCGGCUGAAGAGUAAACAGAUCUUCUGCAUCAGCCCGCAACGUGUCAACGUGGGUGGCAAGCUCGAUGUCAUGUGCUUUGACAAGACUGGUACCUUGACGGAAGAUGGCUUGGACGUAUUAGGUGUCAGAGUUGUUUCUCGACCAGCUAAUAGGUUUAGCGACAUCCUUACGGAAGCCUCGACCCUUCUUCCCGGCGCGGUGUACGAGCGAGAUCCCACCAUGGACUACAACGCAAACAAGGCUAUACUGUACACCAUGGCGACUUGCCAUUCGCUUCGCAUCGUUGACGACGAGUUCAUCGGAGACCCGCUAGACCUGAAGAUGUUUGAAUUCACAGGUUGGCAAUUCGAGGAAGGUGCAGAAAUCGCAGGCGGCGAAGAAGACGAAAAUGCUUCCUUGACUCCUUCUGUCGCUAGACCACCGCCUGGCAUGGAGUUCGACAUUGAUGAAGAGCAAGACUCGCCUAACAGCCGACGAGCCAUUGAGCUAGGCAUCCUCAAGUCCUUUGAGUUCGUCUCGCAACUUCGCCGCGCUAGCGUCGUUGUCCGACAGUUCGGAGACAAGAGUGGUGAUGUGUUUGUCAAGGGAGCUCCUGAGGCUAUGAAGGGCAUCUGCAGGCCGGAGAGCUUUCCAGCAGACUAUGAUGACCUCCUGGCUUACUACACUCACCGCGGCUACCGAGUCAUUGCGUGUGCAACGAAGCAUAUCUUUAAACUCAAUUGGCUGAAGGUACAGAAGAUGAAGCGAGAGGAGGCAGAGUCUAAUCUGGACUUUGUUGGCUUCAUCGUCUUCGAGAACAAGCUCAAGGAAACCACCACGGACGUCAUCGAGGAGCUCAGGGACGCCAACAUCCGGACUGUGAUGUGCACCGGGGACAACAUCCUGACUGCAAUCAGUGUUGCGAGGGAAUGUGGUUUAAUCGACAAAUCUGCGCACUGCUUCGUCCCUCAUUUCGUCGAGGGCGAUGCACACACGGCACUGUCGAAGCUGGCGUGGGAAAGUGUCGACAAUCCCGUAUACCAGCUGGAUGAGAACACUUUGAAGCCGCUGCCACCACCUGCUGAGCACGACUCAUCACUGCCCUACGAUGUGUCGAACCUUCGAAACUACUCUGUGGCAGUGACAGGAGACGUCUUCCGAUGGCUUAUCGACUUUGCCUCACCCAAGGUGCUCAGCGAGAUGCUCGUCAUUGGCCAAGUCUUCGCACGAAUGUCCCCCGACGAGAAGCACGAACUCGUCGAGAGGCUCCAAAGCAUCGACUACUGUGCCGGGUUCUGCGGCGAUGGCGCCAACGACUGCGGAGCCCUCAAAGCCGCAGACGUGGGCAUCUCCCUCUCCGAAGCAGAGGCCUCUGUCGCAGCGCCCUUCACCAGCCGCAUCUUCGAUAUCUCGUGCGUGCCCGAAGUCAUCCGUGAAGGCCGCGCCGCGCUGGUGACGAGUUUCAGCUGCUUCAAAUACAUGUCCCUCUACUCAGCCAUCCAAUUCACCUCGGUCAGCUUCCUCUACGCUUCUGCUUCCAACCUGGGCGACUUCCAAUUCCUCUAUAUCGAUCUCUUACUCAUCCUCCCCAUCGCUAUCUUCAUGGGAUGGACGGGCCCCUAUCCUUCCCUCUCGCGGAAACGACCCACAGCUUCUCUGGUGUCGAGGAAAGUACUCACGCCUCUACUCGGACAAAUCGUCAUCUGCGUCCUCACGCAAUUCGUAGGCUGGUAUUUCGUACGAAAGCAACCCUGGUAUCAGCCACCCGUCCUGGACCGAGACCACUCCAAUUCAAAGAAUUCGGAAAACACCACCCUCUUCCUCAUCUCCUGCUAUCAAUACAUCCUCUCCGCCAUUGUGCUUUCAGUCGGAAAGCCAUUCCGACAAUCGAUGCGCCACAAUCUCCCGUUCGUCAUCACAAUGUUGGUGGCUCUCGCGAUCAGCAGUUAUAUGCUCUUCGACCCGGCUCCGUGGGUGGAAGAAUGGAUGGAACUGACGUUCCUCAGCAUCAAGUUCAAAGUUUUCAUCCUGGUACUUGCGGUGGGCGCGUUCUGCGUGAGCUAUCUGGCCGAGAGGCAGAUCCUCCCGAGAGUGGCCAGGGGCAUCGGGUUGCUUGUCAAGACGUUGAGGAGAGAUGGCGGGAAGAAGAGGAAAGAAUACAAGGUGAUUGCGGAGGAGAUGAGGAUUUGA